AUGUUUAAAAUAGAAAGCAGUAAAGACGUCAUUCUUGCGCAUAAGAACGCGAGUGAUAAGCUCGUAGCUUUCUUGAGGAAACAAACAGCAUCAAAGCCAACAAAAAAAUUCGCCCCUCCCUCACUUUUUCGAUAUUUUCUUCCACUAGAGCGUUCCAGAGACACGAAGAGAUUGUGCAAGGAAGCCAUGACUGCUUUUAUGCAGCUGUUUUUGUUGUUGUUAUGUCUAUUGAAUCCUUCACUCGCUGAAGAAGAAGCAUUCGACGUUCGACAACAUCUCUCAACUGUUUCAAGAUAUGAUGCAGUGAAAGAUAUUUCUGGCAAUUUUAUUGUGCCUUCCAAGAUUCCAGAUCAAUGUACUCCUAUCCAUUUAAAUAUUUUGGCAAGGCAUGGAACUCGUGCACCUACCAAGAAAAAAAUUAGAGAAUUAGAAGCUUUGGAGGCUCGCUUGAAGGUCAUUCUACAAGAUGGAAAAGAACAGAAAUUGUCUUUGCAGAAAGUUCCUGCCUGGUUAUGGAAUUGGAAAUCUCCUUGGAGAGGGAAGCUCAAAGGUGGAGAAUUGACUACUGAAGGAGAAUCUGAGCUUUAUAAUCUUGGGAUCAGAAUCAGAGAAAGAUUUCCAGAAUUGUUUAAUGAAGAUUACCACCCGGAUGUAUAUCCAAUAAAAGCCACCCAGGUCCCUAGGACAUCAGCUAGUGCCGUGGCAUUUGGCAUGGGGCAGUUUAGUGGGAGAGGAAAUCUUGGGCCAGGGCGUCAUCGAGCCUUUGCAGUUACAACUGAAAGCCGUGCAAGUGAUAUAAUGCUGAGAUUUCAUGAUUGUUGCCAAAACUACAAGGCUUUUAGGAAAAGUCAAGAGCCUGCUGUUGCUAAGCUUAAAGAACCGAUAUUAGAUGAGAUUACAAGAGCAUUAAUGGCACGGUAUGGGCUAAAUUUUACAAGACAGGAUACGUCUUCCCUCUGGUUUUUAUGCAAACAGGAAGCAUCCUUGUUGAACAUAACUGAUCAAGCUUGCGCUUUGUUCAGCCAUUCUGAGGUUGCUUUGUUGGAGUGGGCAGAUGAUGUGGAGUUGUUCAUACUGAAAGGUUAUGGUAAUUCAUUAAACUACCGAAUAGGAGUGCCACUGCUUGAAGAUGUUGUGCAGUCCAUGGAGCAAGCUAUUAAGGCUAAGGAAGAUGAACAUGCGCCUGGGAGUUAUGAAAAAGCAAGAAUGCGUUUUGCUCAUGCAGAGACGCUCGUUCCUUUCUCAUGUUUGCUCGGCCUCUUUCUUGAAGGACCUGAGUUUGAACUGAUACAAAGAGAACAACCCUUGCAACUCCCUUCAAAACCUCCUCAGAGAAGAAACUGGAGGGGCAGCAUCGUGGCACCUUUUGCUGGGAAUAACAUGUUGGUUCUGUACAACUGUCCAGCUAACAAAUCUAGCAAAUACUUUGUUCAAGUUCUGCACAACGAGCAUCCCAUUCCAAUGCCGGGUUGUGAUAAUUCUGAUUUCUGUCCAUUUGAAGUUUUCAAGGAAAGAAUAGUCGCUCCUCAUUUGAAGCACGACUAUAACACAGUCUGUAAUGUAAAGUUGGAACUACCUGAGCCCAAGCCUGCAACGAGUAAGUUGUUACAAUUCUUUCAUUGGCUCUUCUCGCUGAGGAAUGAUGAUUCUCAGUCCCACCAAGUUGAGCUAUAGUUUGUUCUUUAGACAGAGGAGUACUUCUUACUUUCUUAUACCUUGUGGGGAUAUACUUUCUUGUUAGCUUGAUUUCAGCUGCCAACAAGCGCUUUUCCUAGCUGGCUUGCAAUUUUCUAUCAAGCGCAUAGCUCAUAUGGUCUAAAAUUUUGUCCUGACCGGUUCACUCGCAGACUGAUCUGAAACUUCUGACUAUAGGAUGCCUGAGAAUAGAUUUGAUCAUUCAAUUGGUUGUACUUGCCUGCUUUGUUGAAUCUCGAGUUGCAAAUUAUGCAUCCACAUUAUUUCCUCCAUCACAAUUGAGUAGUUUUCUGUUU